UCAAGUAUAAAGUAUAUCUCUUAUAUUAAUUUCUUCUCAGCUCUUUCCUUUUUCCCUUAUCGCUUGUAUCUUAUUUGUACAAGUAUAUAGUUGCUUGAGAAAUUCUCCGAUUUCCCCAAAAGAUCUUCAUUUCUCAUACUCGUAUUAUUAUAUAUGCAUGUGAGGAUUGUCGGCUUUCUGACAUUCUGACUCCCUCAUUGCCCCUCCAUACUUUAUCUACCUACCUAUCCGCACCUUUUUUACAUCCUUCUUUAUUAUCCUAUAAAUCGAGAUACCUAUAGUCAUCUCGGAGGGAGUGUUUGUUUUCACAAUUCACUACAAAUUAGUUUGGUCCGAGUACACCGACAUCUUAGUGAAUUCCAACCAGCCUCGUCAUAAGGCUGGUGAAGCCCAUUUGCCCCCAAUUGUUUUCUUCCAUCGACUCCUAAAAACCACCACAUUCUGGAUAUGAUAUAGAGAUCCUUCCUUCUCUAUCAGUUACGAUCAUCAAAAUGGGCGACGACUCACAUGCCGAAAUCUCUCCACGGGAAAGACCUUCUGAACCACACUCAUUUUCCGCUCAAGAUCAUGCUGCGAAUACUCCAAACCAUGAAAAGGAAGAUGGAGAUUUGAAUGACUCAGAUGUACCUCGACCUUCGAAAUGGAGCAUGGGAAUUUUGAAUGUACCAGAUACCCAUGAAGUUCCUGGUUCGAUUCUCCUUCUCACAGGCAAACGAAAUGAACCAUUAGGUUUGCGAAAUGCCCCAGCGAGAACUUCAACAUCUACACUUCCACCUCAAACUCCAUAUGACAGAAGUCGUGCAGCUUCAACUCGGUCGGAAAAGAAAUUGACAAAAGAUGGGUCAACUGUUUUGGAUCCGCAGCCAGAAGAAUCGAGUAACGAUCCUCUCAAUUGGCCAAUGUGGAGGAGAGAUGCAGCAUUACUUUCCCUCGGAUUAUAUUGUAUGUUGGGAGGUGGUAUGACACCAAUUUUGGCUGCCGGAUUUACAAAUGUUGCGAAUACGUACGAUGUUACAACCGCCGAUGUUGCACUUACUACCGGAUUGUAUAUGAUGGGUCUUGGCGUUGGUUCAGUAUUUGCUUCUCCAACAGCAAUUUUGUACGGAAAACGCCCAGUUUAUCUUGGUGGAGCAAUUCUUUUCAUCCUUUCUUGUAUAUGGUGCGCUCUUUCGCCAUCAUAUAUUUCCCUUCUGAUUGCCAGAAUCGUUCAAGGUAUCGCACUUAGUCCAGUCGAAUGUUUGCCAUCUGCUACAAUUGCAGAGAUUUUCUUUCUACACGAACGUGCUUAUCGAAUCGGAAUUUAUACCUUAUUACUACUUGGUGGAAAGAACUUGGUGCCACUCGUUAGUGCUGUCAUUAUUCAAACACUUGGUUGGAGAUGGGUAUUUUGGAUUGUUACCAUGAUCGGUGGAUUUUGUUGGAUACUACUUUUCUUCUUUGUUCCAGAAACAUUCUGGGAUCGAACACCAAGAGCUAAAAGACCAAGAUCGAGAAGUCACAGCAGAAAAGGGUCUAACAUAUCACAAAUCAUUCAUACAUUUGGAGGUCUCAGACAUUCGUCAUCUAGAGUACAUGUUGCUGCAGCUCAUCAACUGGAUGGAAUUGAGGCGGAUCAACAACAACAAGCAGCCCGAUCUCCACAAACCCAGCAAAUGAGAACAGCUGAACCAACUCGAAGUAUGCAUGUUGGUUUUGUUCCAGAUGACAUGCAUUCAGAUUCAACUUCGACAAAAAUUGAUGAAGAAGAUAAGGAAGAAGAUAAAGAUGUUAUCAUGAGACCUACAAGUCCUCGCACCAGACCUAGCCACUUGGACCGUGAUGUCCGUGUAUCAUUUGAUCCUAGUACAACUCGACCAGCUACUCGUGAUCACGAAUCUGUACACCCAGAAGAAUCUUCAACAUCAGCAGGUGUAGCUACUUUACACAACUUCAAUUCACCUUACUGUAGUAAUGUCGAAAAUACCGGAGGAAAUUAUGUCGAUCGUGGUCGUCCAAUCGAAAGAAAACCUUCAAGUGCAACUCUUCGAAAUGCUGAGGAAGGACUUUCAGUUCGUGAACCGUCCCUUGGACCACAAUAUACGCGAGAACUUCGAGAAGCCCCCAAACAAACUUUUGUACAACAACUUAAAGUCUGGUAUGGUCGUUUGAGCAAAGAUAGAUGGCUCAUAGUAGCCUGUCGACCUUUCAUUCUCUUUACAUAUCCGGCUGUCCUAUGGUCUUCAAUUGUUUAUGCUUGUUCAAUUGGUUGGCUUAUCGUUCUAUCCGAAUCCGUCGCUGUUAUCUAUAGAGAUAAACAUACAUAUAAUUUCUCCGCUUUAUCAACUGGAUUAGUAUAUCUCUCUCCUUUCAUAGGUGGAGUACUAGGUACAGCGGUGGCGGGAAAAGUAAGCGAUGUCAUUGUCCGGGCUAUGUCCAGAAGAAAUGGAGGUCUCUACGAACCGGAAUAUAGACUUAUAAUGGCAGCUCCAGUCGCAUUAACCACAGUUAUUGGUUUGAUGGGUUUCGGUUGGUCUGCUCAAAUACAUGAUAAUUGGAUAGUUCCAACUAUCUUCUUCGGAAUCAUAUCUUUUGGUUGUUCAUUAGGUUCGACAACGGCGAUUACGUUCUGUGUGGAUUCUUACAGACAGUAUGCUGGUGAAGCAUUGGUGACAUUGAACUUUUCGAAGAACAUCUUUCACGGAUUGGUUUUUUCAUUGUUCUUUACAGAGUGGUUGGAGAGGGAUAGAAGUAAGAAAGUAUUUAUUUGGUUGGGGGUCAUCCAAUUGGUUUUAAUGGCUGCAAGUGUACCGAUGUAUAUCUUUGGAAAGAGAGCGAGAAUGUGGACAGUUAGGAAGAACUACAUUGAAAGGUUUGGGGCGAGGUGGGGGAAAUAGAUUUGAGAAAUCAUGGCCUCAAGUGUUUGGAUGUUCAUUCAGGUCGGGGAUUGGACAAUGAAGGAUGAAUUAUGGGAAACAUGAGUAGAUUACCAGAAUAUCUUUUUUAUUUUCAGUUGGUUUAGCGAUGGUGUUUGGUCUCGGUCUCUUUUACAUAUAUCAUGGAUGAGGAGUUUAUGUUUUUACGAGAGGUUGUACAGAGAUUAAAAGGACUCUGGUACACCGGUAUACAUACAUAUUUGUUUGGAAGUUUUGUUUUGAUACCAAUGGUUCCGCGUUGGCAGUUUAAGAUGGACGGGAUACAAUGGGAUGCAACGGGGGUCAGAGAGCAGGGCAAAUUGUGAUGACGAAUUGGAAUAGGAGGGACUUUGCGAUGAUACCAUGGAUUAUUAUGAGGACGAGGGAUUGGGAAUGGAAUGAAACUACUCGAAUGAGAUACCUGAAUUGAAGACAUGAAGAGAUGGAUAGAAUAGAACAGAAUAGAAUGGAAUAAUUUCUCCUAAGUA